GCAUCGCAUUGGCGGAAUCGGCAAAACUAACCUGGUGUCGCAAAGUUACGCAAAUUUAGACAUUCAAUCACGGCACAAAGAUUUCAAGGCAAUCGUAAAAUGUCAUAUACUUCCGGAAAUAACUCGUGAGCUUCCUAGCAGUCCCAUAGACAUUUCCUCAUGGGAAUUGCCAUCAAAUAUCGAACUUGCUGACCCAACCUUUUACCAACCUGGACAAAUAGAUAUGCUUAUCGGUAUCGAUUUGUUUUAUGACAUCAUACAAGAAGGCUUAAUUAAACUUCCAAACAGCAAAACCGUAUUGCAGAAUACUUGCCUUGGCUGGGUGGUUGCUGGACACCCACCAAUUGAUCAUACGCCUUACGCACAAACCUCGAAUGCUUUUCAUGCUUGUAGCAUUGAAGAGCAAGUGGCAAGAUUUUGGGAGCUCGAAUCAUGUCAAAGCAAAAAAGGUAUGUCGGUAGAAGAAACGACAUGCGAAGAACAUUUUCUCAAAACAUACAAACGCGAUUCAAAUGGCAGAUUUGUUGUUCGCUUACCCAUAAAACCGAACGUACUUACCAAGUUGGGAAACUCAUACCAUACCGCGAUGAAGCGACUUGAUCAACUGAACAACAAAUUUCUUAAACAACCUGAAUUGAAGGUAGCAUACAGUGCUUUCUUAACAGAAUAUUUGAACCUUGGUCAUAUGGAACAAAUAUUUCAAACCGAAACCGAACCGUCCUAUUUCUUACCUCAUCAUGGUGUACUUCGUCCAGACAACUUAACAACAAAACUACGUGUAGUUUUUGACGCUUCUUGUCGUUCUGAUACAGGUGUAUCAUUAAACGAUUCGUUAAUGGUAGGACCGGUAGUGCAGGACGAUCUAAUCACAAUCAUUCUGAGAUUCCGUAUGUCGAAAUAUGCGUUGGUAGCCGACAUAGAAAAAAUGUAUCGGCAAAUAUUAGUCCACGAAUCAGACCGUCCGCUACAACGCAUAGUUUGGAAAUCAGAUACAGAUAAACCGGUACAAAUAUUUCAACUAAAAACAGUUACUUAUGGUACUUCAGCUGCACCUUAUCUAGCGACCCGAUGCUUAACCCAACUUGCAAAAGAAAGUGAAAAUACACACCCUGUUGCUUCAAAAGUGCUCAACAGAGACUUUUACAUGGACGAUCUGUUGACAGGAGUAAACGAUCUGGAACAUGGUAACUUACUCUGCAGUCAACUGAUUUCGUUGCUCGAUUCAGCUGGCUUUCGUCUACACAAAUGGGCGUCUAACGCCACAGAACUUCUCGCAAAUAUUCCUAAACAGCUUCAAGAUGAAAGAUCCAUCCUACAGCUUGACGAAUCAUCAAAACCCAUAAAAACUCUCGGUUUAAAAUGGGAUACCACGAGCGACAAAUUCAUCAUCGAUGCACCCAAAUGGCCUGAUCACAACCUUAUCACGAAACGUACCGUACUAUCAGAUACAUCACGCUUAUUCGACCCAUUGGGAUUGGUCGGACCUCUAAUCUUGCUGGCUAAACUCUUUUUGCAGGAUCUGUGGAAGGAACAGAUCAGUUGGGACGAACCAUUAUCUAAUGUAUUUGAGCAACGAUGGUUGUUCAUCCGUGACAAUCUGGCGCAACUGCAUGAUCUUACUAUUCCUCGAUGGGUGAUGUCUACAUCCAAACCCGUAUGCGUAGAGCUUCAUGGCUUUUGUGACGCGUCCGAAAAGGCCUAUGGAGCAUGCGUUUAUGUUCGUACAAUAGAUCAGUCCGGAACCAUAUCAUCUAACUUACUUGUUUCCAAAUCACGUGUGGCACCCAUAGGAAACUCAAAGAAGGAGCGAAAGUUAAGUUUGCCCAGAUUGGAGUUGUGUGCUGCUCAUUUGCUCGCUCAACUUUAUCAAAAGGUACGUACAUCCUUACAAGCCGAUCUUACAACAUAUUUCUGGUCAGAUUCCACCAUUGUCUUACACUGGUUGUCGUCGCCAUCAUCAUGCUAGAAGAACGAACCGUACUACUUAACCAGACCAUCGAAACGAAUCCCAUAUUUUUGUUGUACUCAUCUUACCCCAAACUGCAGCAACGUGUUGCAUGGAUACGUCGUUUCCUAUACAACAUCAAACCAGCUAACAACGAUAAACGUCUUUACCCGUACCUCACUCUACAAGAACUUCAAGAGGCAACCAAAUGUCUUGUACGAAUGGCUCAAAAAGAAGUUUUUGGUGCCGAAUUUUUAAGUCUGCAAAAAUCUGGCCAAGUUGAUUCUAAUUCCCGUCUGAAAUCGCUUACCCCAUACCUGGACGAUGAUUUACUGCAUGUUGGCGGAAGACUUCGUCAUGCUGAUGUGUCUCCGUCCCGGAAACAUCCUCUGAUUUUGCCAGCUGGGCAUCCUCUUUCAAUGUUGAUUGCUAACCAUUACCAUUUUUGUUACCAACAUGCCGGAGCAACAUUACUAAUUUCUCUUCUAAGGGAGAAAUUCUGGCCGCUUCGAGCAAGGAACCUGGCUCGCCGAGUAGUUCAUUCCUGUGUGAGCUGUUUUCGAAAUCGACCAACCCCGCUGGAACAGCUCAUGGGAGACCUGCCGCGAGAACGUGUCACACCAACCUUACCCUUCUUACGGACUGGAGUGGACUUAUGUGGUCCUAUUUUCUACAAAUAUCCUAAUCGAAAAGCUCCACCAGUCAAGGGCUAUGUAGCUAUCUUCGUUUGUCUGGUCGUAAAAGCAGUACAUAUAGAGAUGGUUGCAGAUCUCUCUACCAACGCCUUCCUGGCCGCCCUUCGACGCUUCGUGUCACGACGUGGUCGACCACAGCUGAUCGAGUGUGACAACGCGAAAAACUUCAUCGGAGCUUCUCGAGAAGUGGCACAAUUAGCAAAACAAUUUCAAACUCAGCAGUUUCAACAGACCGUUAUCAAAUCAUGUGCCAACGAGAGUAUCGAAUUUAAAUUCAUACCGCCGCGUUCCCCCAAUUUCGGCGGAUUGUGGGAAGCCGCAGUAAAGUCAUUUAAGACUCAUCUCAAACCCACCAUCGGAAACGCCAUUCUUACUUACGAAGAAUUUACUACCUUGCUAACCCAAAUCGAAGCUUGUUUGAAUUCUAGGCCGCUUACACCGAUGUCUUCUGACCCGAACGAUUAUGAAGCUCUGACCCCGGCACAUUUCCUAAUACACCGCUCUAUCGUGGGACUUGCGGAACCAUCUUACGAGUCGAGACCUAUCAACCGACUGGACCGUUACGAGCAGGUUCAAGAGUUUCUGCGCCGCUUGUGGAAUCGAUGGUCAUCGGACUACCUAUCGGGCCUUCAUCCUAAGACCAAGUGGACUAAACAGCGAGAUAACAUCACCCUGGGCACUAUGGUUUUGGUGAAGGAAGAUAAUCUUCCCCCGCGUAAAUGGUGUUUAGGGCGAGUAACGGACAUCGUGAAAGGAGCGGAUGGAAACGUCCGAGUAGUUUUUGUUAGAACUAAGGAUGGUGAAUUCAAAAGGACUAUCUCUAAGCUUUGCGUCCUCCCAAUCAGACAGACAACUUCAGAGGAGUGUUGAAUCUCUUGGUGAUUCAACGGGGGGGAGGAUGUUGAGGAAACCGAAUUUCGUUUAGCAUACGUGCGCGCGAGAGAAAGAGAAGGAGAGAGAGAGGGAACUUAAUCGUGUCGCCGUGCGCUGCUCAACGGGAGAGCGCUACGCGCUGACCGAGAGAAUUCUUAUCAGCUUAAUCAGUCGCGUUCUGAACUCUGACCCGAUCAGUAGCGUUCUGAUCCCCAUACCAACAGGUCGCGUUUUGACCUCAGACCCAAAAAGUUGCGUUCUGACCAAUCUGUUCUAAAGUGAAAUAAACUUGUGAAUUAACAACAUCUUACAAACAUA